AUGAAUCCCCACGCAGCUCUCGAGCUGCUGCAAUACCUACGAACAUGUUAUCCGGUUUUCCUGUUACUCCUUUUCGCCGUGGCCUUCAUAGCCAAUACCGUGGCCAGCGCGAGCAAAGCUAACCGACCCGAAUCACCUCGCAUGGGCCCCGGUGGACGCCCGCUUCCUACUCGAUCCCGCAGCUCUGGCAUCCGCAACACGCAGGGGUUCUCCAACACUGUCAAGCGGGUCUUCAACUGGCUCUCUGUCGGCAUACUCGUGACCUUCCUUGCAGAUGCGACGAUCUACAUCCUCCAUGUGAUGACGGCGAGAGCCGAGCAUUGGUGGCGUGGUCAGUCCGUGGUGAUCUACAUCGUCGGUUCUUUUUUCGUCUACGCCGUUUUGCUCAUGACAUUGCUUGAUACCACCCCAUCUCCAACACUCGCUCAAUUCAUUUGCUGGUCCGUCGCCAUACCCAUUGAAUUGGUUAUUCUUAGCACAUCCUUAUCUAUCUACACCUCGGUCCAUCAUGAGCCGGUCGUUGGAGACCCGGAGGGUGGCCGAAUUCGCCGAAGCAUCACCCUAUGGGAAACAUUGGAAGUUUCCUCCAACGCCGUGCGUGUCCUCCUUCUCUUCGCCUUAGUCAUCCUCUAUGCCAGCAAAUCCAUCUCUUGUAAGAACCACGAUAAGAAACAUGGACAUCACAAUGGAAGCACGGAAUCAACUAGCUUGUUGGACUCAUCAAGCGCGGAGAAUGGUGCUGCCAAUGGCAAUGGAAAUGGUCAUUCUUAUGGAUCUACGAAUGGAACCAACGGUACCAACGGCGCAACCAACGGGUCGGCGAAGCCAGAAGACCCUUGGGUUCGCCCAACUACGAUGCCCUCAACCAGCUGGUGGGAGUAUCUGAGUGGUUACUCUCUGUUCUUCCCUUACCUGUGGCCUUCUAAGUCACGUCGUCUACAAAUCGUGUUCGUGGCUUGCUUCAUCCUACUUGUCGCGCAGCGUGUUGUCAAUGUGCUGGUUCCUAACCAGGUGGAUGCCAUUACGACUGCUCUAGUUGCAGACGAGGGCCAGUUCCGUGUACCAUGGUUUGAGAUAUUCAUGUAUGUGGUUUACAGGUGGCUGCAAGGUGGACAGGGCCUACUGUCAUCCAUGCGUUCCAGCCUCUGGAUUCCUGUGAGCCAGUAUUCUUAUAUGGAGCUUUCUACUGCUGCCUUUGAGCACGUGCAUGGUCUUAGCUUGGAUUUUCAUCUAGGCAAGAAGACCGGUGAGGUGCUCUCAGCUCUUAGCAAGGGAAGCUCCAUUAAUACUUUCCUCGAGCAAGUCACCUUCCAGGUGGUUCCCAUGCUCGUUGAUUUGGGUAUCGCGGUUGGCUAUUUCUUGAUCAAAUUCGAUGUCUACUAUGCUCUCGUGGUUGGUAUCUCAACCUUUGGUUAUCUUUAUGUCACAAUCCGCAUGGCGCAAUGGAGAGCAGAGAUCAGAAGACAGAUGGUCAACGCUUCGAGGCAAGAAGAUGCUGUAAAGAAUGACUCUAUGGUUUCAUAUGAAACAGUCAAGUACUUUAAUGCCGAGCAGUAUGAGUUCGACCGUUACCGUGAUGCUGUGGGUACCUUCCAGAAGGCCGAGUACCAUGUACUUUUCUCUCUGACUCUACUCAACACCUGCCAAAAUACCGUUUUCAUGCUUGGCCUUUUGACAACUUGCUUUAUUUGCGCGUACCAGGUCUCCACCGGCCAGCGUGAGGUGGGACGAUUUGUGUCGUUGUUGACAUACAUGGCCCAGCUUCAGGGUCCCCUCAACUUUUUUGGUACCUUCUACCGCUCCAUCCAGUCAGCUCUCAUCAAUGCCGAGCGUAUGCUGGAACUGUUCCGAGAGCAACCUACUGUAGUGGAUAGCUCCCGUGCUACACCUUUGGCCAUGUGCAAGGGUGACAUCCGCUUUCAAAAUGUCGAGUUUUCUUAUGACUCUCGCAAGCCCGCAUUGAAUGGACUUACAUUCCGCUGCGAGCCCGGUACAACUACGGCUCUAGUUGGAGAGUCCGGCGGCGGCAAGUCUACAAUCUUCCGCCUCCUCUUCCGUUUCUACAACGCGGAGAAAGGUUCUCUUUGCGUGGAUGGUCAUGAUGUGCAAGAUAUUACCAUUGACUCUCUUCGCAAACACAUUGGUGUCGUACCACAAGACACUGUUCUUUUCAACGAAACGUUAAUGUAUAAUCUCAAAUACGCCAAUCAAGACGCCGCCAACGAAGAUGUGUACGAGGCCUGCCGCGCCGCCAGUAUCCACGAUAAGAUCAUGGCAUUCCCCGAUGGAUAUAAUACCAAGGUCGGGGAGCGUGGCUUGCGUCUUAGCGGUGGUGAAAAGCAGCGUGUAGCCAUUGCCCGCACUAUUCUUAAGAAUCCUCGCAUCAUUCUUUUGGACGAAGCCACAGCCGCGCUUGAUACCGAUACAGAAGAGCAUAUCCAGGGAGCUCUUUCUACUCUUUCUCACGGCCGCACCAUGUUGGUAAUUGCGCACAGACUCAGCACCAUCACAACCGCAGACCGUAUCCUAGUCCUUCACAACGGCCAAGUAGCCGAGAGCGGGACCCACGAAGAGCUCCUCGCAAUUAAGGGCCGCUACGCCGGUAUGUGGCGCAAACAAAUCCGGGCUCAAAAGGCAGCCGCCGAAGCCCAAGUUCUUCAAAACCGCGCAGAGCGUCUACGCAACGCGACAAAUAGCGAUGACAGCUCAAGUCAGUCAGACGAGGACCGAAAUGGCAUUCACCAUCCUGCCAAAUAA